UUUUCUUUGUAUUCUCCGGCCAAAAACCAUCAGCAUCAAUAGAUAGAAAUUAAUUUCCAGCUUCCUCAUCAGCAAGACACCAUGUCCGAUGGAGGCACACCUCGUUACCCUGUCCUUGAGAUUCAACCUACCAUUUCUCAGAACCAGGUUGUGCUCAACUCCUUUGACCCCUUUGUUUAUAAAACAACACCAACAAUUUUGGAGAACAAAGACUUGAAGCAUCUGCAUGUUCUUGGGGGAGUUGAAGGUGUGGCUACCUCUCUAGGAGUAAGUUCCUACAAUGGAAUCAGCGGCCGCAAGGAUGAUAUUACUAGGAGGUCUCAAAUUUUUGGUACUAACUCUUACCAUAAGCCACCUCCAAAAGGCUUUCUCUAUUUCCUGAUUGGUGCUUUUAAAGACACUGCCAUACGUAUUCUUCUAGUAUGGGCAGCCCUGGCUCUUGGUUUUGGAAUCAAACAACAUGGGGUGGAAGAAGGUUGGUAUGAACGUAAUUAG